UCCCGACGUGCCCCGCGGUGCCAGGCGAAGGCGGGGCCGGCGGGUUGCUAGGACUGUGAAACGCAGGGCUCACGCCCGUCUUCUCAGGUAGCUGCAGGCUUCAGCUCCACCGGGUCAUCACAGCGGAAAUGGCAGAAAAGGAGAACAACUUCCCGCCGCUGCCCAGCUUCAUCCCACUGAAGCCCUGUUUCUAUCAGAACUUCUCAGAUGAGAUCCCCAUUGAGCACCAGGUCCUGGUAAAGAGGAUCUACCGGCUGUGGCUAUUCUACUGUGCCACCCUGGGGGUCAACCUCAUCGCCUGCCUGGCAUGGUGGAUCGGCGGUGGCUCGGGAACCAACUUUGGCCUGGCCUUGGUGUGGCUGCUGCUCUUCUCCCCCUGCGGCUAUGUGUGCUGGUUCCGGCCUGCCUACAAGGCCUUCCGGGCCGACAGCUCCUUUAAUUUCAUGGCAUUUUUCUUUGUCUUCGGAGCCCAGUUUGUCCUGACCGUCAUCCAGGCCAUCGGCUUCUCAGGAUGGGGUGCCUGUGGUUGGCUGGCAGCGAUUGGGUUCUUCCAGGACAGUGUCGGGGCUGCUGUGGUCAUGCUGCUUCCGGCCAUCAUGUUCACCAUGUCGGCCACCAUGAUGGCUAUUGUGAUCAUGAAGGUACACAAGAUCUACCGGGGAACCAGUGGAAGCUUCCAGAAGGCACAGACAGAGUGGAGCACAGGCACUUGGCGGAACCCACCAUCUCGGGAGGCCCAAUUCAACAACUUUUCAGGGAACAGCCUGCCUGAGUACCCCACUGUACCCAGCUACCCGGCCAGUGGCGGCCAGUGGCCUUAGAGGUAGCUGACUGGCCCUGCCGCCUGCCUGCCACUGCUGGCCACCUCCUCCUCCCCAUCCACUCUUUCAGCCCUGCUUGGUCCAGUAAGACCCUAAGCAUUUGUCCCCUGUUUCUCCCAGGUGGCGGGUAGGCCCCUCCACUAGCUAGGACGGCAGCCCAUGUUAGUGGUGGCCAGGAGCUCCCCUAGCUGUGACCCCAGACCUCUGCGGCUCUUGGGGACCUGUACCCAUGCUUAUCUCAUGUCCAAAAGUGGAGCUCCUUGCAAGAAAUGCCCAGAAGCAGGCCAGCCCCUGCCAUCUGGCAGAAGGAUGCCCCUCUAUUCCUAAAAAUGUUUAGUCACCAUGGCGUCCCCUGCAGCAGCCCUUGGGGUCUCAGAGGGCUGACCCACGAUCUCCCCUGGAAGUUUGAAGCAAGCCAGCUGCCCUCCCUCCCAGAGCUGAUGACACUUCUCACGUCUACCCCGCCCCCAUCUGGGCCAUCACCCUCUCUCAGUACCCAGGGAGAGGGGGGUCUUCUGAGCACCAGGUUCCUGUUCUCUGCUGGCAGCGCAGGAACUUGAGGUCGAGCCCUCAAUAUUUUUGUCCUUUUAAGUCCCCGUCCACCUGCAGCCAGAGGCUCUCAUGGAUGAGCCCACGGGGACGGCCAGAGGCCAACUCACCGCAUCAGUGUCAUGAUCUCAGCUUCUCCCUGUCCGUCUGCUCCAGUCACUCCGCACUGGGUCCUCAGCCAUGUGCAGGGUCAUUGGCCAGCUCAGCUCCAGCCUUCCUGCCCUCGGUCACUCUCCCUUCAUAACAGGUGUUGAAACCUGCCCCUGGGCUGAUAACCCCCAUGCCCGUAACCUGGUGCAGGACUGAAACCUGGGACAGAAUCCUUUGGUGGGGGGGUUUGGCCUCUUCCCCACCCUGUGCAAACAGGAAAACAGGAAUGUCUCAACAGAGCACAUGUGGGCCCAAGGUUACUGCCACCCCAAGCCCUGAGUGCUUGGCUGCUCAGGCUGUGACCCACAUGGCCCUCUUCUGGACGUGUGGAAGCAGGAAACUGUGUUUCUCAGAAUGACUUUUUGGGAGCAAACAAGACAUGACAAGUCUCUGUGCCUUACUGAGGAAUCCAAACCCCCUCACUUCUUCCCCUGAUUCUUCUAGCUCCUGAGACGGGAGAACCAAAUGCCACAUGGGCAACUCUGCAGCACCUUUACGCUCAUACUGGCCAAGAAAGAUGUCCUGGUGGCCUAUCAGCUCUCGUGGCCAGGCUUCCAGGAACACUGCCCCUCAGCUCCUGGCUGCCCAUUCCCAGGACAGGAGAGUGACCCAUCCCCGUCACACUGUGCUCCGCUGGGCUUCCACCCUCUCCAGAAGCCCCAGCAUGGUGUGGCGUGGUGUGGCCAGAACAUGCUUUCACACCCACAAUUGCUUGCCUUGGUUUCUUGUGCUGAAUGCCACGGUUCCUGAGGAAGCACCCGGGCCUGGGUCCCCAAAGGACAAGGCCUCCUGGAUGGAAAAUGCAACCCUGGAAUCUCCCAGGCCCCCAUAAUGCCCCCAAGCCAGCCUCCUGUGACUGACAGAGGCCUGUGCUGCACUAAUCUUGGGCUGGAUCUUGUCAUGAUUGACGCCAAUGGUGACAGAGCUGGUUAACCAGGUGCAGGACAAAUGCCUGGACUCGCCCAAAGCACCCGCCUCUGCCUCGCUGUACUUGGCAUCUUGGUUACAUUGUAGUGGUUUUUGUUACAUGAAAAUAUUCUGGAAAUAAACACAUCCUUUCUUCAGCAGA